UUGCAUGUUGUAUUUGGGAAGUGACCUUAGGUGUUGUGAAAGGGGCUUUUAAUAUAUAUACACACAAUAAUAUACACAUAUUUCACACACACACAGAUGUAUGUAUACAUACACACACACACACACAUGUGUGUGUAUUGUGUGUAUAUAGAUAUACAAAUAUAAAUUUAGUUUGUUUUCUGGCUUAUUUAUGAAUACUGAAGGUAAAAAAUAAUAAAUCCCCUAAUUGUUGUUCAUCUGCAAGAGAGACUGGCUAUGAGGAAAGGUGGCACUCGGAGCCAUAAAUAUAUCAUCCUAACUAGUCCAUCGCUGCUUAGCCAAAAAUAGUUGUUUUGGUUUAGUUCUAGUCAGCACUGUCGUGCACUUCUGUGCAUUUAAUAGCCACUGUGUAUGAUAAAAGUUAGGAAUGUGCUAGGGUCGGCGGCAGAGGUAGCAAUGUAAGGUGCAACACUAACGGGCAUAAGCUGAAAACGCAUUUUAAUGUGUAUUUUAAAAAAGUAAAACCUGAAGGUCUGAUCAUACACUGAAACUGUGACACCUUAAAAACUCUAAUCGCAUAGAUUGGUUCGUGAUAAAAUAUGAGCACAGUGGAUGUAACGUUUGUAGUUAAGGUCUAACUGCACUAUACACUUGGCCCUCUUUGCUGUUAUAAUAACUGGGAAGGCCUUAGACUCGAUUUUGGAGUGUUGCUGUGGGGAUGUGUGUUCAUUCAUCAGGUAUUGUGUGAGGAGGCUUGGGGUGCACUCGGUGUUCCAGUUCAUCCCAAAGAUGAUGAGGGUUGAGGUCAGGGCUCUGUCCAGUACACUAGAGUUCCUCCACACCAAACUUGGUAAACCAUGCUUUCCUGGAGCUCGCUUUGUGCACAGCGGAAUUGUCUUGCUGGUACAGCCCUGAAGUACACAGACAAACACGAGUGGGUGCGAGUGGAAGAUGGCAUAGGCACUGUGGGCAUCAGUAACUUUGCUCAGGAAGCUCUGGGUGAUGUGGUCUACUGUGGUCUCCCAGAUGUUGGCACAAACCUCUCCCAGUCAGAUGAGUUUGGCGCUCUGGAGAGCGUGAAGGCAGCGAGCGAGUUGUAUUCUCCUUUAACAGGGGAGGUGACCGAGGUUAACCACGCUCUUGCUGACAAUCCUGGACUGGUCAAUAAGUCUUGCUACAAAGACGGCUGGCUGAUAAAAAUGACAGUAUCAGUACCAGAAGAACUGGAUGCUCUAAUGGAUGAAGCAGCGUAUAACAGAUACAUCAAAUCUAUAGAGGACUAGUAAUGACCCAGAACCAACCCGACGUGCACGGAUUUGACACGUUCAUGUUCUCCUGUCGGCGAAAAACGAAAGACAAUACGGUCGACUGUGGACUGCGUACUUCUUUUAUUUACUGAUUCGUCUGAUUAAAGCCCAUUGCUUUUAGUUUAGAUAUAAAACUAUAAUACCAACCAAAAUACCCAAUUGUUUGAUCUUGAUAACGAAUCAUUCAGUGUGUUCUCGCUGCAUUCCAGCUUAAAGCUAGUAAUGUGAUAACGGUUCAGUCUGUAUACAGAGGUGUGUGACAGAAUCUGCAUGCUGACUCGGUAUUCGUUUGGUUUUGGUGACCAGUUUAUGAUCUGAUCCUUCCUUGUUUUUGUUUAGAGUCAGCAGCUGGUAGGUGAAGAUUACUAACACAUAUUAAAACACUACUGAUUUUCUGAAUCUUCUCUGAGCGUUCUGAAUUUUUUUUUUUCUUCUUUCAUAAUUUAAAGCCUGUGGUUUUAAUAACCGUUUUCUUGAUUAGUUUCUUUGAUUUCAGUCAGAAGUAAUCAGUUGUGUUGGACUUGUUCCUCAAAACAGCAUGGUUUCUUUUCACCAUCAUUAGCAUGCACAUGACUCUAAGAGCUGCGAUUAAGUAAGCGUUUACUUAUAUAGCAUGGUAUAUUCAGUAAAUAUGCAUCCCUCACUACAGAUUAACUAGAACUACUAACUCAACAUUUUAUUUCCAUUAUAAUUAUUUUCGUUAUAAUUUUUAUGUGUGUGUGUCAGUCACAUAACGGCUUAUGUCUCACAAGAAUUGCAAACAACUUGCGAACAGUGCUAGUGCUAGAAAAUGUUAUAGGAAUAACCGUGUCAUUUCCACAGCAGUUGUAUUUUUACUGGUGUACAAUACAUAAAGUGGCAAGGUCGGGUACGAUCCAAGUUUGCGUGCACUCCACUGCUAUUUCACUCUCUCUAGGUAGUUUAAAAUAUUCGAUUAAUUAGCAGAGUACUGUAAUGUGUAGGAGUAGCGAGCACAUCACAUGUGGUUUAAUAAAAUAUGAGCUUUACUGUCCUCUCAUUAAUUGCCUGCUGUCACACUGUGACAAGUGGCUUAUUAACGAUUUAGGUUAUGAGUUUUGCCGGUGAAGAUCAGACUGACUUUUGGAUUUUUCCAUUUAUAAUAUCGAGAGAUUUUGUGCUACAAAUAAAAUAAAAUAAAAUCUUGUCUGAACCUG